GGUUAAUAAUACACAAGGCCCAACUCAAAUCUCCCUAAAACCCCUAAAAGGGUUCCCUCCCCUUCCAUCCUUGUCUGGACAACCCGUUCCGCCAUAUCCAUCCAAACCCCUCCUCUUCAGGUGUGCCAAUGGAUUCCAAAGCAUUGACUCCCAAUCCACACACUAUUUCCAUCAAAUUGUGGCCCCCAAGUGAAAGCACAAGGAAGAUCUUGGUGGAUCGGAUCACCAACAAUCUAUCUACACCUACCAUUUUCACCCGCAAAUAUGGUAGUCUGAACAAGGACAAUGCUUUUGAAAAGUCCAAACAGAUUGAAGAUGUUGCAUUUUCUGUUGCAAAUAGCCACUAUGACAAGGAGCCUGAUGGUGAUGGGAGUUCGGCAGUCCAGCUUUAUGCUAAAGAAUGUAGUAAGCUCAUCCUAGAAGCUCUAAAGAACACUCCUAAGGACUUUUCCGAGGUUCAAACAGAGCCUCCUAAGACUGACGAGAAAGUGAUCCCUGAAUCUAAAGCUGCUCCUGCUUCCGGUGAAACUGUUUUUGAUAUUUCCAAGGGUAAAAGGGAAUUCAUAGAGGCAGAAGAAGCUGUGGAACUAUUGAAACCAUUGCAAGAGCCAGGAAAUACUUACACCAAGAUAUGUUUCAGCAACCGAAGCUUUAGCAUAGGAGCAGCCCAGGUUGCCGGGCCCAUCCUGUCAUCCCUAAAGGCCCAACUCAAGGAAGUUGAUCUAUCAGAUUUUGUUGCCGGGAGACCCGAAGCAGAAGCUCUUGAAGUCAUGAGGAUAUUUUCAGAAGCUCUAGAAGGGUGUGACCUGAAGUCUCUGAAUCUCUCAGACAACGCGUUAGGGGAGAAGGGAGUUAGGGCAUUUUCAAAACUCCUGGAGUCCCAGACUGGACUGGAGGAACUAUUUCUGAUGAACGACGGGAUAUCAGAGGAAGCUGCUCGGGCGGUGUGUGAACUAGUUCCAUCCACAAACAAACUUAGGGUUCUACAUUUUCACAAUAACAUGACUGGUGACAAAGGGGCCAUAGCUAUUUCCAAGAUUGUGACGCGUUCUUCAUCUUUGGAAGAUUUCAGGUGUUCUUCCACCAGGGUGGGAACUGAAGGAGGUAGGGCUUUGUCUAAAGCACUCGAGACAUGUACCCGUCUCGUGAAGCUCGAUUUGCGGGACAACAUGUUCGGGUCCGAUGUAGGCGAGGCCCUAGGCGAAGCACUCUCCAAACACGAGAACCUCUCCGAGGUCUACCUUUCUUACCUCAAUUUGGAGGAUGUGGGGGCCACCGCAAUAGCCAAUGCCCUAAAGGAAUCUGCCGCAUCACUCAAAAUCUUUGAGAUGGCAGGAAACGAUGUGACCGCGGAAGGCGGAAUCGCGCUGGCUUCGUGCCUGUGGGGGAAGGCAUCUCUCGAGAAGCUCAACCUUGCCGAGAACGAGCUCAAGGACGACGGUGCAAUCCGGAUAGCAAAGGCCUUGGAGGAGGGUCACGACCGGUUGAGGGUGGUGGACAUGAGCUGCAAUUUGUUGGGGAGGGCCGGGGCCCGGGUGCUUGCUCAGACACUCAUGGGUAACCCUGAUUUUGAGCUGCUGAAUGUCAACGGGAAUUUCAUAUCAGACGAAGGUGUCGAUGAGGUGAAGGACAUAUUCAAGAAAUGUCCCGAAAAGCUCGACACGCUCGAGGACAAUGACCCAGAGGGUGGAGACGAGGACGACGAGGAGGAGAAGGGAUCAGAAGAGGCGAAGAGUGGUGGUGGUGGUGGCGAUGACGACGAACUUGAGUCAAAGCUCAAAAACCUUGAUGUUAGUGGUGGGGAUGAGUGAAAUCCAACCCCAUAUCUCCUCCCAAGGUAUUUCUUGAAUCUUAGUACUCCUUCCCCACAACCUUAAAUCUGCUGCAUCAUCCCCAUGAACAUUGGCUGUCCUUUUGUUUUUUUUACUGUUUUUCUUCAUGUGAUUGAUUGAUGGAUGGAUGGAUGCUCUAGUACCAGUGCCAGUGCAGAGUUUUUAUGUUAGCUCUGCUAGCUUAGGUAGCAGAGAACAAUUUGUAUUGCAUUUUGGUUGUAGACUGAAAGGCUUUUGGUGUAAUUUUAUUUGAAUUCAGGGAAGGCCUAAAACUCUACUGUGGUUUUUACCCAUCGCCAAAAUUGGGGGUUUGUUAAAAAGUCAAAUGUGGCCUUUUUAAGAGCAUCUUCAACCAUGCUUGUUAUAAAUUUGCUAUUUUUAC